UAUAGGUUUUUUUUUCCAUCAGUUGGUACUUGCUCGUCAGAGACGCAUAAUAUCCCUGCUACCUUCGCUCCUUUCCAGUUCUGCGUUCGCGCUACAAACACGUGGCUGGAGUUUUAGUUGUCGAAUUUAAGGUGAAACAUUGAAUAAAUCACAAUGCCCUUGGCUCGCGAUUUCCUGCAUCCCAGUCCAGCUGAGGAAAAGAGGCGCCACAAGCUGAAGAGAUUGGUCCAGAAGCCAAACAGUUAUUUCAUGGAUGUCAAAUGUCCUGGUUGUUAUGCAAUCAAGACUAUCUUUUCGCACGCGCAGCGUGCUGUUGAAUGUGACGGAUGCCGCACCAUCCUUUGCACAUCUACCGGAGGCAAGGCUCGCCUCACCGAAGGAUGCUCUUUCAGAAAGAAGCCCCAAUGCUAAUGUAUUGGACUCGCCUAAUGACUACCUUUACAUUCAAUAAAUAAACAUUUCAAAAAGGAAACAAAAAAAUUUAA